AUGAUUCUAACAGGAAAUACUUCCCCCAGGGCAAACAGCUUGCAGCAACAUCUCAACGAAUGGGUGCAGAAAACCAAGAAACUAGAAGAAACCCUCAACACCGAACGCAAGAUCCGCGAAACCGAGAGAAAAGAAAACACCCGGAACUACGAAAAGGUUCAAUCCCUGCUGUGCGAAAAGGGUCAAUUGAACUCUCAGCUAGCCCAAAUGCGAGAGGGGAUUAUAGGCGAACGUGCUGCCACCGCCAAGAAUUACCAGGAGGCCCAAAAAACCCUUGAAAAGCGACAGGAAGAGAGGAUCAAGGCCGAAGGCCUUCGUCACCAAUUCGCCCUGGAUCGAUCCUCUCAGUGGGAAAUUGAACUGAAAAACGAGGUGCACAAUCUUCGAAGCAACAAUGUGGCGCUGAAGUCUGAGCGAGAGGAACUUCGAGACCGGAUCGUUGAACAGAAGCGUGAGCUGGACAUACUUCGAGACCAGAUCGCCGGAUACAGGCGUGAGAUGGACAUACUUCGAAACCGGAUCGCUGAGCAGCAGCGCAAGAAGGAUACACGUCUGGUCGAGAUCACCAACCCUAUUCCCAAGCUUGAAAACAUUCCAAUUGACCUUUUCGACUUGGAGAACACAUGGAUUAAAGCUGAGCAACUCUCUGACGGAGAAUUUGACUCGCCGAUGCCAGACAUUGUGGAUUUUCAGGCACUGCGCAACGAGUAG